ACUAUACGGAUAGAAAAAGGUGUCAAAAAGCCACAGCCACCGAUAAAGACUUCUGCUACUAAUGGUAUCAUUGAAAGAGAUGAAACGCCUAUGGAGAAAGAAAUUGUGCAUCCCCAUCGAGUGGACUUUGAAUUCUCUGACAUAUUCUACUUCUGCAGAAAAGGGUUUGAGGCCAUUGUGGAAGAUGAAGUCACCCAAAGAUUUUCCUCUGAAGAGCUGUUCUCUUGGAACCUCCUAACAAGGACUAAUGUCAACUUCCACUACAUCAGCCUGAGGCUGACUAUUGUGUGGGUCAUUGGGGUUAUAGUUCGAUACUGCUUCCUGCUGCCUUUGCGCAUUACCCUUGCUGCCAUUGGGAUUACCUCAAUGAUUGUCGGGACAACGAUCGUAGGACAGCUGCCUAACAGCAGUAUGAAAAACUAUCUGAGUGAAGUGGUUCACCUCACGUGCUCCCGCAUCCUUGUCAGAGCUCUGUCUGGUACUAUCCAUUACCAUAACAAGGAAAACAAACCUCAGAAAGGAGGAAUUUGUGUUGCCAACCACACAUCACCGAUAGAUGCGAUCAUUUUGACAAAUGAUGGAUGCUAUGCAAUGGUUGGCCAGGUUCACGGUGGACUAAUGGGAGUUAUUCAGAGGGCCACAGUCAAGGCCUGUCCUCACGUCUGGUUUGAACGCUCUGAAAUCAAAGACCGCCAUCUAGUGACAAAAAGACUCAGGGAACAUGUGGCAGAUAAAAACAAGCUCCCAAUCUUAAUUUUUCCAGAAGGCACCUGCAUAAACAAUACUUCUGUGAUGAUGUUCAAGAAGGGGAGCUUUGAAAUAGGAGGGACAAUCUAUCCUGUUGCAAUCAAAUAUGAUCCUCAGUUUGGAGACGCAUUCUGGAACAGCAGCAAAUACAACAUCGUGAGCUAUCUGCUGCGAAUAAUGACCAGCUGGGCCAUUGUUUGCAAUGUGUGGUACAUGCCACCAAUGGUUAGACAGGAAGGUGAAGAUGCUGUUCAGUUUGCCAACAGAGUGAGGUCAGCCAUUGCUCGACAAGGAGGACUGACUGAGCUUCCGUGGGAUGGAGGUCUGAAACGAGCAAAAGUCAAAGAUACUUUCAAGGAAGAACAGCAGAAAAACUUCAGCAAGAUGCUAGUGAGAAAUGGAUCAGUAGGAAACCUAUCUCCAGGAACAGAGUCAGACUGAACGGUGGUUCUUGAAAACUAAUUUUGCACAACCAGCCUUAGCAGGAAUAGUGGUUUUUUAAUUAAAAACAAACAAA